AACUUCAUUCUGCUACCACGAUUAAAAGCCACCACCUCAGCAGCCUGCUCUGGGUUUCAAAAACUAACAAGGAUGACGACGAUGCAGUUGUUGAUGACGAUGGUGGCUGCUGCACUGGUGCCGUCUGUUACUAACGGGAUAUGUCUGCCCUACGUGGAACUUGCGACUACCACAACUCACAACUACCAAUCCCUCUCCGAACAGGGCGUGGAUUUGGCUCCUGGUACAACGUCAUUUAAGUUCAAGGUCCGCGCGUCAAAUGAUGCUCACCUGGUCCUGCUGCAGGCCGAUGGCGUAACCGACGAGAACGCAUACGAGGUGGUGAUUGGUGGAUGGAACAACACCCAAUCAGUUAUUAGAAAAGGCAUGGCACAAGCCAACAGAGUGACAACCAGACACACGCCAUUGUUUGCGUUCCACUCCCAUGAUUUCUGGAUUUCUUGGGAGAAUGGUGUGAUCGCUGUUGGGACGGGGAUGGAGGUCGGAGUUGGGACGUUCAUGUCGUGGACGGAUCCUUCCCCUCAUGCCGUAAGGGACAUCGCUGUGUAUACUGGAUGGGGAUCCACGGGUCUGUGGCAGUUUGAGAGCAACCUUCCAUUGGUUUGUUUGGAAACGGCCGACGACUACCACUACCACUCCGUCGAUGACGGUGGAUUUCACCUCAAUGGACAAUCAUCCUUCACCUUCUGGGUUAGGGCUACCAAUGACGCUCACAUCGCGUUACUAAGAAACAAAGGCCUCUACGAGAAUGACAUGUACGAAAUCGUCAUCGGAGGCUGGCAUAACACAAAGUCUGUCAUCAGAGACAGGAAGGGAGGGCCAAUCCUUGCGCUUGCGCGCCACGUUCCACUAUCAGGGAACAAGCACCUGCCCUUCUGGAUCAGCUUCAGCGGUGGCACAAUCUCCGUGGGUGCUGGCACAGAGGUCGGAACACGUCAGUUCAUGUCGUGGACAGACCCAACUCCAACACAGAUCAGAUACGUUGGCGUGGCAACGGGCUGGGGGUCCACGGGAAAAUGGCUUUUCUAACCAGCCGCUCCACAAGUUGACAAAACUGGACUUUUCACAUGCUGAAACCAUAGCAAUGGUUGUGAAGAUGGGAAACAAAUACCUGGCUCCACCUGUCGGGCGAUAACAGCAGAACAAUUGAAGAUCCUAUUCCAAUGCAUGUACAUGAAUGAUGAACUUUUAAUAAUAUAAAGGAUAAUCCCUUCCUUGCUACUUCUACCUUAGAAGUGCUGAAA